CGUAUAUUUCGUGAUUUAAGGGGGCAAAUUAACAUCGAGACUAAAAGUAAGGGGGUGAAAUUUAAGAAAAUGAAAAUUAUAUAGGAUACGCGAGGCCAAAAAAGGGGGCCUAAAGGGAAAGCUACGGUUUUUUGCAGUAUUUCUCGUAAAUGGCGUCUGUGGCGGCCACGGCCCGGUUAACGCUCAGUUGCGUCGGCUCCAUUUCUCGUUCCUCUUCCGUUCGUGCCGUAAUUACCUCUUUGCCCUUCGUUCCCAAUCGAUUUUCAUCUUGCUGUACCAGAAUCGACGUCGCACGCCGCAAAACGACGUCGCGAAAUGUGAAGUUUCUCAGCGUUCAGGCCGCGGGAUCCGGCCCGUAUGGGUCCGAUUUGGAGGAGAGCGUGAAGAAGACCGUUAGCGAGAACCCGGUUGUGGUCUAUUCCAAAACGUGGUGUUCGUACUCAAUGCAGGUGAAGUAUUUGUUUGAGAGUCUGGGGGUGGAGCCAUUUGUUGUUGAAUUGGACCAAUUAGGUCAGCAAGGAUCUGAACUGCAAAAGAGUUUGGAAUCACUCACCGGGCAACGAACUGUUCCCAAUGUAUUUAUAGGAGGCAAGCAUAUUGGUGGUUGUUCAGAUACUAUCGAUCUACAUCAAAAUGGGAAGCUCGAGGCUUUGCUAUCAAAAGCUGGAGCAAAGAUGUUGGAAAGUUAGCACUCGGGACUAAAUCUAUGUUUUCUUUUUGUCUUUUCAUUUUUUGUUUCGAGUGAACGUAUUUCAUAUGCAGUGUUCCGUUAUCAUGAUUUUAUGAAAAUCAUGAAAAUUCUUGCUUGAAUCAAGAAAUAAAUGGAGUCCAUGAACGGGGUGUAAGCGAGUCGAGCUCGGCUUGGCUCGACUUGUUAACUUAACGAGCUCAUAAUCGAACUCGAGCUUUAAUGAACCGGAAAUCGAGCUUUAACAAGCCCAACUAUAGAAAUUUAUAUAAAUAUCAUCUUUUCGAGUCGAGCUCGACUUGUUAACAAAAAGAGCUUUGAAUCAGCUCACGAAUGGUUUAUUUAGUUUAACCAGAUAAACAUGUAUAAGAAUUAAGAGGAUGUUAGAAUGGGUGAUUGGAAAUUGAUUUUUUGGGUUAAUUUUGAUUUAUUGAAUAAAGUGAGUUAAGAUGGAAAAAGAUAUUUGGAUUGGAAUAAUAUAUUGACUUUGAAUUUGUGAAUGAUUAUGAAAU